GUGCGUGGAAGGGGAUGUGUUGAAAGCGCGACUAAAGCUCAUACCAUGCUUCCAGUGACAGCUCACGUGCUGGUGUUUGUGUUUGUGAUUUUGAUUUUUUGUGUGAAUCCCUGAUGGAUAAUUACGGAUUACACUUCUCGACGUGGUUUUCAAUAGUUUGGAUGUGUCGGCGAAUGUCCAUUUCGAGAUCGCUUCCGGUGUCGGUUUCUGAGGGAGCCAACUCUUGCAAGGAUCAACAAACAAUAUUUCAAACAUUGGAAGGCCCAUCAAGCUUGAUUGCUGUUUUGUACCAAAAAGGAAUUUUGGGAUAAGAGGAAAAAUUGGCCAAAUAAACAUAGGAUAAGUUUGGGCGAAAUGGACCACAUUUUGCAAAACCUGGAAAGUGUCCCAUUGGUCUCUCUCCCGGAAUUACCCUAAAUUAGUCGAGUUAGCAACAAGCAUUUUAUUCAGUCCACCUUUGAGAUGUUUUUUUUUCACUCAGUGAGUUUGAGGGCCUAUCACCCCCUGUCUGGUCGACCGCCGAGUCCUCUUAAAACAAAUCACACCAGCAGCAGCAGCCUUCACUGAGCCCUUCGAGUGGGUUUGCUGUCAAUCAAUGGCUAUGGUGGCCAUAUUACAGGGAGUAGAGCAAAGCAGCAUGUCGCUAAUAAUUCAGGAGCGGAUCGAGGCAAGACGACGGGAGGGAAGGACGAUUGCAUUGUUCGGUUUUCUCAUCCCCAACCCGGCCACUAGUUUAAUUGGAACCGCGGAUCAGCCGGCUAAAAAGAGGAUGUCAUUUCAGCAGCCGCAAAAUGAGACGAUUCCAUCGGGACCCUUCUCAAUCUCGUCGAGCUCGACCCAAAGCUUAAUUGAUUAUUCUGGGAAAAGUUCGGACGGGAGGACGCAACCGACUAAAUAUUGAAAGAAAAAAACGCACGCUGACACAGAGAUGCUAAUUUCAGGAAUUCCAUAGCGAGAGAUCAUAACUAUUAAUUAAAAAAGAAUCCGAACAUGAACAUGUACACAUUAUGUAUACAUACAAGGUGAAUAAAGUAUGGA